AUGUGCUUUAAUCUAAUACCGAAUGAGCUAGCAUGAGCCAUAGAAGGCACAGAUUUAGGAAUACAGCUAGGACCUGAUGGAAGCAGAUUGGGAUUUCUGCUCUAUGCCGACGAUAUUGCACUGUUGGCAAACAAUGAACUUCAACUACAGCAAAUAGCAGAUAUAUGUAGUGACUGGGCACGCAAAUAUUCACUAAAGAUAAAUCAGCAGAAAUCAGGUGUGGUGGAUUAUGCUGUUAGGCCUACAAAAUUGAAAUUAGUCAUCGAUGGGCAACAACUGAGGCAGGUGAAGCAAUAUAAAUAUUUAGGGAAAAAUAUAGGGAGUACCAGAGCAAGCACCACUGAUGCCAAAGCAAUAAUUGAAAAAAUAAGAUCAGCAAGUAGAGCAACUAAAAUCCUACUUGGGUGCAUGAAUAACCUAUCGAUCACCAAAAAAUUGAUUAUAGCAGAAGCAUGUGUAACUCCCGUGGCUACAUAUGCCAUAGAAUGUGCACAGCGUGAACUGAGUGGUGCAGUAUUGAAGUGCGCUGAGAAUGAGAGGAUGAGACUAGCUAGGAUGCUGCUAUAA